AUGGCUCCCAUCAGAGUAGGCAUCAUCGGACUAUCCGCCAAGGAGGCAGUAAUGGGCCCUGGAGCUUGGGGCUCCAUCGCCAUCCUCCCCUCCUUCAAGAAAUCGCCAGACUACGAGAUCGUCGCCCUCUGCAACUCCUCCGCGGAAGCAGCCCGCCGCUCCAUCGAGAUGCACAAGCUCCCGAGCACGACCAAAGCCUACGGCGACGUCGAACAGCUAGCCAGCGACCCGGACGUCGACCUCGUCGUCGUCAGCGUCGUCGUGACCAAGCACCUCGCAGUCACUCUCCCCGCGCUUGCCAACAAGAAGCAAGUCUUUGUCGAGUGGCCUCUUGGUGCUUCGGCCCAGGAGGCAGAACAGCUUACGCAGCUGGCCAAGUCCGGGGGCCUCAAGACUAUCGUUGGUCUUCAGGGUCGCUCCGAUGCUCUCACUCUCAAUUUGAGGGAUAUUGUUAAGAGUGGUGAGAUUGGUGAUAUCAAGAGCACUUCUGUUGUCGGUACGCUCCCCUACUAUCCUCCCGGCUUCUGGGUUGAGGGCACGGAGUACUACCUCGACAUCAAAACCGGAGGUAACGCGUUCCACAUCGGCUUCGGGCACUUCCUGGACUCGUUCACAAAUGUUGUCGGCGACUUCGACCUCAGCAGCCUGUCCUCCGUCCUCAAGAGCGACGUCGACACCGUGCAACUCUACAAAGCCGACAGAAGCAGCUUGAUCAACGCUUCGUAUCCAAAGUCCUCCCCCGACCACAUCUUGGUCCAAGGCAUUCUGCAAAACGGGGCACCGGCCUCGCUUACCUUCCGAACCACUCCGGCCGCAGCUAGUGAGGUCGGCGCUCGCUGGAUCAUCAGCGGCACCAAGGGCGAGAUCGAGGCAGUCUGGGACGGAGGUCAGUGGCAAAUCCACAACCUUAGCAAGAGCCUCAAGUACAAACUGCUCGAAGGGGAAGAGCAAAGGGUUACUCUCGAGAGCGGCAAGCUUCCCGCGGGACUUGAGGUUUCGGCCACGGGAUUGAACACGGCUCUCGUCUUUGAUGCCUUUUCUAAGGGCGAUACUUCGCGGUAUGCGGAUUUCGAGACGGCUCUGAAGAACCACAUCUUGUUGGAGGAGAUUCUGAAGGUGUCGGGAUACAAGUAUUGAGACAGUACUUGCUUAUCUUCUUGGUUCCUGUGGACGAUGCAAGGUGGUAGCUGAUCGUCACAUUGGGCAAUGAUGAUGCAGCCUCAGGGUCUUCGCCACUCAUAGAUACUAUCCGAACAUGGCUACUAUUCUUUCAUACUUGACGUUGUGAACGAGAAGUGAUCUGAAGUUGACCGCCGGUGGGCCGCAGUACGAUUUCGGCACCGAUGCCGACGCCGGCGUUGGCGCCCGAAAUGUGGAUCCCGUGACAAAUCUCCUCCGAGGAUCUGACUCGGAGCAAGUGCCGAGACUUCACGACU